AUGCGUCUUACCACCCUGCUCCUCGGCAUUUUCCCCGCUGCCCUCAUGGCGUCUCCCCUUGAGACCAAUGUUAUGGACGUUGCGCAGAGUAACGUUGACGUUACUGCCAAAUUCUGGGGUGGCGACCUCUGCGACGGACCGGUUGACUCGAUCAGCCUUGUAGGCUCUGGUUCCUAUCGGUGCGUUGCCGUCACCAACAAGCGGUCGAUUUCGGUGCCUUCCAAGAAGUAA